AGGUUCGAUAGAACUAGUCCGAAGCGAGAGGUGAACAGGUGACGACACCGUUUGUCACACUACACUCUCGUGAUUUCAUAAUACGCCAUUUUCUUUGUGUGAACUGUACAAGCAGAAGGAUUUCACAUCGUUGUGUUUCGUUAGAAAAACGAGUUAAGAUUGUAAUAUGGCAUCGCGAAAGAAAGUUUUGCUGAAAGUCAUCAUCUUGGGGGAUUCCGGUGUGGGAAAAACAUCUCUAAUGAACCAGUAUGUCAACAAAAAGUUCAGCAAUCAGUACAAGGCUACAAUAGGUGCAGACUUUUUGACAAAAGAAGUUAUGGUAGACGACAGGAUAGUCACCAUGCAGAUCUGGGACACAGCGGGCCAGGAAAGAUUCCAGUCGCUUGGCGUUGCUUUUUACAGAGGAGCCGAUUGCUGUGUCUUAGUAUUCGAUGUUGCAGCACCAAGCACUUUCAAAUCUCUUGACUCGUGGAGAGACGAAUUCUUAAUUCAAGCAUCGCCACGAGAUCCUGACAAUUUCCCAUUCGUUGUGCUUGGUAACAAAGUUGAUUUCGAGAACAGAGCUGUUUCCAGUAAAAGAGCACAGCAGUGGUGUCAAUCGAAGAACAAUAUUCCAUAUUUCGAGACGAGCGCAAAGGAGGCAAUAAACGUCGAGCAAGCUUUUCAGACGAUAGCGAAGAACGCAUUAGCUCAGGAAAGCGAAGUGGAGCUCUACAAUGAAUUUCCAGAUCAAAUAAAACUGACCAACGAUCAAAGAGACAACGGAAAAUCAAACGAUUCAUGUGCGUGCUAGAAGCUAAGAAAACGAGAUUUCUGGGCGAGUAUAAUGAAGAACAAAAUCACAGAAAGAGGAAGAAAAAUUCACGAUGAAAAGAGUACACACGCGUGCGCGCACACACAAAACAACACACACACACACGCAUACACCAAAAUACACUUGAAAAAACAGGCAAAAUACAUGAGCAAAGCGUGGUGAGAUUUAAAACUCCGUGAGAAAGAGGACAAAAAAAAGAAGCAGAGAAUCAUCACACAUUCACGAAGGAUGAAUACUUGCGGUGAAAAAUGGAAAAAAAGAAAAGAUCAAACAGCUGAGAGCUGUUCGCGGAAACCGUGGCUCGAGCUGAAACAUUUUUUCCAAUUACCACCCACUCAAUUUUUUUGUUGUUGAAUAAACAUGUGACCAGAGUUGUUCAAAUAACAAAAAUACGAAAGCAAAUGAAAAUCUAUGCGACAAUCCUCAUCCCGAGAAAAUCAGCGAGUUUGUUACGCUUAGUGGAUUGAGGGUCGCGAUAAAGUGAGAAACCGUUUAAAAUAAAACACAUAAAUCAAUAAAUUGUAAUUAUGAUUAGGCGCGAAUGAAUCUUCGAGCUACAACGGCAUAAGGACAGACCAUACGCAUUAAAUAAUUAGCUCAAUGUUGCUCUCAUUAAAUUUCAUCGUUUCUCGAGAUACUAUCGAUUUUUAUUCGUCCCAGACGGAAAAAAAAUACAAUCUCGAGGGUACAGGGAUUGAAAAACCGAGACAUGAAAAUUGAGCGAGAUUAAACACGGCGAUACAAAGCUGAUCCAUUCGUUUCUCGAUCUUAAUUUCGUCUCUCUACUUCUUCAAACUUUUUUCAAUAGAUUACGAAAUAAGCUUUGAAUAAUUUUCUAAUUACUACUUAUUUAUGACAGUUAACAGAAUAUUGGUUAAAUCGGUUAAUAUUGCCCCGAAGGAGGAACGCAUGAAAUGUAAUUAAUAACAUUCUCUUAUGAAUUGAAUUUAUUUAAAAAGAAAAUCUGAAAUCGUUACAAUUUUUUGAUGAUUAAUAAAGCAAUAUAUACACCAUUAACAAAGAUCAGAUUUGUAUCGUUCGAAUUCACAAAAAAUGACCCUCUAAAAUUGCGCUAGUUUAGUCGUACGCGUUGACCUAGAAAAUCCGGCUAGUUCAUUUAAUGAAAAUUGAUAAAUUGACCGUAAAAUCAAGUUGUUUAAUAUAAGAAGAGAUGGAGAAUCCAAACGAGACUAAUUUUCUUGGAAAAUCAUUGACGAAACAUCUGAGGACUCAUGGUUGCAUAAAACGAAAAUAUUUUUCGGUAAAGUCUUUUAAAAUGAAUUAGAAAGGAAAUACAGAAAAUUAAAGGGUGACUGGAAACAAAAUGAGAGAAUAAUAACUUUGAGGAAUUACGAGAGUCUCAUUCGAAUCGUUAAUCUUGUCAACUCGUUGAUGAUGUUUGCCCAGGAGCGAAGAAGCAAACACAAGUUAUAUUGGUCUAUUUCACAUAUCGAUGAUUAUUGCAUUAUUCGCGCUCCAAUUUUUUGUACAAUCCAAUUAACCUACAAAAGUGAAAGGAAAUGGUGGAUUUAAAAAUAAAGGGAAGAAAAAGAUCUUCAGAAAGCAAAAAUUUGGGAAAAAAUUCUUCAUGAAUUCUCAUUUGAUCGCAACGUAUAAUCGAAUUAAGAUACAUAUUUUUGUACAUAUAUUUCCUUGAGUGGAAAAAUAUGUGUAUGAGGACAAAAAUAUGAUUGCAAUAAACCCAGAACGUUAAUUUGCCUUACUGAACAUUUCGAGGAUUCAAUAUUUCGAGCAAUCCAACUUUAUCGAUACGCGAAACGAGACAAUUUUUUUCAAUUUCCCUCGCAUCAUUCAAUUCCCACGAAAAAUCGUUGCGAGAUGAUUGAACGAACGAGAAAGAGAAUGGAUUUUGUUCAAUUGAACUUGAUAGUUCAGUGAUAUGUUACCGCGACUGAAAAAACUGCGGAAAUGAAAGAGAGAGAGAGAGAGAGAGAGAGAGGAAGAACAACGUCGUGAGAUCGAUAAAUAGAUCGCUAUCACGGGACGCUCAUUAGCUCGUCAUUCUUUACUACGUAAAAUCGCCCGUUUCGAACAUCGGCAUUAACAACAAACAAAAAUCGAAAAAGUCAUUUUCCAGGGAGGAAAAUCGACGAAGAUAAUUGAAUACAAGAAAUAAAUGAAAAAUUUAGAACGUGAAGUAUCGCCUAAAUUUGUACAAACGUGACAGCCGAAAAAAAACUAUUCGAAAUAAAACUGAAAUAGUUUUGGCCACAAUGGCCUGUCCUAUUCCCUGAAUCUUUUUUUCCAAGGAUGUUGAAUAUCGUUGAGCUCUUAAUACGUCUGUCACGUCGGUACGAAUUUAUGAAUAAACAUGUAUAUAAAAAUAACGAUAAUCAUCACGAUUACGAUUAUAAUGAUUGAUAUAAAUUUAAUGAUACACGUUAACGAGACAGAUAUUAUAAAUAUUAUUAAUAUUGUCAUGAUCAUGAUUGCUGCUGCUAUAAAAAACAAAAAAAAACAAAAAAAAACAAAUUAAUAUUGCUACUCCUAGAUUUAAUGAAAGAAUAAGUACGUUUAUUGCAAAAAAAAACAAGUAAAAAGAACAAAAAUCGACUAAAUGAGUCUGCAUUAUUCGUUUGAAACCGCUGUUCACAGUAAAUUAAAUCCGAUCAGGAAUUGACUAAACGAAUAUAAGAAAAAGCACUUUCUUUGAAAUUUUAUUUUUCGUCAACAAUAUCUUGACAAAAUCGGCUGAUUUUUGUCAAGAGGUCAAACUUUUCAAUCUUAUUUAACUCUCUUUUUCUUUUUUUACUGUGUACAGCUGCAAUUCCCAAUUAUUUGUUAGCCCCUCAUUAGAAAAUAAAGUGUUAAUCGUU